UAUGCCAUAAGUAUCUAUCACUCUUGUGCAUGUUGUAUUAAUUUUUUUUUUAGUGCAAAAUAUGCGCUAGCCACCACAAAUAAGGUUAUUGAUGUCUAUGGUCCAAAUGGUGCCACGGGCUAUGAUAUUGGGUGUUCAUAUGGCAAAACUGUCGCUGCCAUCAAUUCAUUCCAUGGUCACACUCACAAUCGACAAUGUCAACUACAAUUUCAUCUGCUCUAUCAGAAUGGUCUUGGCAUCGAAGACUUGGAAACUUGUGAACGAGUCUUCUCCGCUUCUAAUGCCAUAGCGCCCGUCAUACGUCACGCAUCAUACUUUCAUUGGUUACAGUUCAUUGAGCUUCAUUUUGAUCAAUGGGACUCAGAUAAGUACUUGGAACUUAGUAAAUUCAUCUACAACAACUACACGCAGGCACUCCAUAUCAUCAACGAGCUAACACCUGCAGUGCAAGAGCUCAAGGUGCAACUGGGGUUGAGUGACACAGAUUUCGUAAAGUGGAAUGCUGAGGAAUCGGAGUACUUGCAGAGUCUCACAGUUGAGACCAAAGAUGAUGUCGAGAAAAUGAUAUAUGUUGAAGCCCUUGAGACAUUGGCACGCUUGGAGCAAAGUGUGCAAACUGUUGCACGAGCUCGAGAGGCAGAGCGCAGUGCAGCAUACCGCAGGUUGGUGCUUGACAUGAAUGCAGUUGAUGACCUUGAACAACAGAUGGGUAUUACCGAGUGUUGGACCCCAGAACAAGAGGAAUAUAAGCAUGCACUUGGUCUUUUAACGAAUUGCCAUUUCAUUUGCAUCAUUGAGCAGCUCGAGGGAUUGGUGGUAAAGAGGUUAUUCGAGUUAGCAAAAGCAAAUCUUGCAGGGACUGGU